UAUUAACCGUAUCAAAAUCUUUUUCAUCAAAAACCCAAAAACGAAAUUCAAAUUCAAAUCACACUCAAAUGGCUCAAAAUUUAGAUGACUGUGAGUUCUGGCUCCCGCCUAAGUUCUUAGCCGACGACGACACACCGUUUCUUAACAUCAACAACAACAAAAACGGCAAUAAGCUCUUCUCUUCAACAUCAAACGACGACGUUUUUAACGCCGUUUCAAACACUCUUUUUCCGUACUACUUCACUUCACCAUUAACUUCCAGCGAAACAGAAAGCGACGAAGAAGAGCAAAUCGCUGAGUUAACUCGUCAAAUGACUCACUCAACUCUGCAACACCACAAAGUUGCUCUCAACAACCACCACCACAAGGCUAUUUUUGUCAAUGGUUCUUCACCACAACAGACGAGAAGUGCCUUUGAGAAUAGAAACUAUGGACAAGGUUCAAAUCCAAACGACACCGUCUUGAUGAUGAACUCGCAGAGAGCGACUUUGGAUCUGCUACGUGCGGCUGCAGGGGAAGUUGAAAGGAUGCAUCAAGUUAACAACGAUGAAGCGUUUUACGAUUUUCUCCCUGAAAAGCCCUUUGGGUUUCACACUCAGAAUCAACAACACUCGCUUCCUCACCAAAAGCGGUUACAAAUAGCACAAUUUGAGAUGCUUAGGAGGCAACAACAGUGGUUGAAGCAACAACAGGAAAUUGUGAGGGGUAAUGGAGUUUUACAGAGGCAAAGUAGAAAUUACGAAACUGCCCCUAGAAGAGAAAUGAACAAGCAAAACGUUUUUGAGGGUAACGUUGGUUUGUCUUCAUCUGCAUGGUGUUCUUUGAAAAAUGAAAGUAACGCGAAAACCGUUUUUCUUGGAAACUCUAGUAAUGUUAAAAAGGAAAGAAAUGGAACCGGUGUGUUUUUGCCUCGUUUUGUUGAUACUCAAUCACGAAAGAAGCCAGCGUGUAAAACGGUGGUUGUACCUGAAAGAGUGGUUCAUGCUCUGAAUAUGAAAGUGGAGGAAGGUAUGAUUAGAGGCUACAUGCAGCAGAAGAAUCGUUUCUAUGGAACUUCAAACAUUGAAAAUGGUGUUGCAAGGAUUGGGAGUGAUUAUGGAUUUUCUCAGCAAAAGCGCAACACGAUGCCGCAGCAGCAACAGGUGAACCGUGAAAUCCGGCUUCCUCAGGAAUGGACUUAUUGACAGCUAAUGUUGUGGAACAGUUUCUUUUGCAUUGGGGAGGAAGGUUUAGAAGUUAAAAAAUAGGUGAAUAAUGUUAGGUAUAUUUUAUAGGAAAAUGGUAGGGUUAUAUAACGGUUGCAGAAACCAUUAGCGAUUGAGAUCUUUGACGCUCCAAAGAUUUAUGGCUAAAUGUGGCAGUUAUUGUCUCAACCGCAGUUUUGAUAUAAUAUCAAAAACUGUUAUGGUGCGACCUGAACCGUGAUAGCGGUUCUAAAAAAUAAUAGUACAAUAGUUAAUACAGGGUAGAAAAUAAUAGGGUCUAUAUUUUUUGUUGUUGGGGAUAUUAAAGCUGUUAGUAAAAGUGAAAAAAAAAGUUGGAAAUUAUGCUCCAUCAGUUUCUUUGGGACGUGAUUUAGUUUAGGAAAAAAAUUUAAAGACAACCAAAAUUAGGAAGUUGAAGUAGCACAAGGCAGGACAUGAUUUGGUGAGGAUGUAAUUAAAGCUUGAAGGGAUCACGAUGUAAUCAUUUGGUGGAAUUACAUUACUAUAAUGAUCAUAUUACAACCUGUCUACACCAAUUAUGAUAAAUAAAUGAAAAUGUUUUUCUA